AAUUUUCAAACUAAACACAUUCGGUCCGCCUUGUCUCGACAGGUCAGACACCCGCCUCCGGCUUCCUUCUGCAAGCGAUUAGUGAACGACGAUAUGAGUGCGUUUACCGGUGAAAGACGAUGAUCCAGUGAAUCGUUUACAUGCCGAACUAUGAGGAACAGAUUCAGGUGGAUCAGGUGAAAUGUCUAUUUUUGAAGCUGACGAAAAUACUGAGAGCUAGAGAAAUGGGCUUCUCGACUCACUUGCAGACAAAGGCUGCACACGAGGCGCUCCUUUCGCGCGAGGACGCCGAGCUGCGCCUUCUGCAGUGCAUGCACCGGUGCGUUUCGAACAAAGUGAAGCGCGACAAAGAGUAUGCCAUCGCCGUCUCGGAGAUCGCCGCAGAGGCACAGAAGACGGAGGAACUGUGCGGAUCCGUCGUCGCACAGGCGUGGCGCGGGAUGAUGGACGAACUGGACAACGCGGCGAAAAUCGUCAGGUCCAACGCGGAGUUCGUCGAGAAGGAGACCCUCGAAAAGCUGACGACCCUCUGCCGGGAGAAACGAAAGGCGAGGAAGCACUAUCUCGAAGAAUACACGAGGAUUUACCAACAAUUCACAAACAUCUGCGAAGAGGUUGUGAAAAAGAAAACCGACUACCAGAAAGACCUCGAGGUCUACCGGCUCAUGAGAUCCAAGUUCGAGGAGCACUAUAUUAAAUGCGGCCGAGGAGGCCGAAAGCUAGACGAAGUAAGGGACAAGUACCAGAAGGCAUGCAGGAAGCUCCACCUCGUCCAUAACGAGUACGUCCUGCUGCUCUCCGAAGCCGAACAAGUACAGCGGGACGUGAAGAACUCCCUUCUGCCGGCUCUUUUCCACCAACAUCAAAACACACUCAACUCCUUCGUGCUCAAUUGGAGGAGUAUACUGAAAGAAAUCUCCCUGCACUGGAAUUUUGCAUCCAAGAUGUUCGUCGACGCUUGGAACAGGAGCGAGGCACAUAUUGACACUAUCGUACCUGCCAAUGAAUAUGUGGAAUUUGCCCAGAAACAGAGGAUAAAUGGAACGGAAUUAGCCGACUUUAGCUUCGACAAUAGCCUCGUUGAAGACACAAGCGGUAAGCUUUUUGCAAACACGCUUGCAGUCGACAACCUCACUGUUGAGUGGGUCAGAGGCAAACUGAAUGAAGUUGAGCCUAGGCUUAGAGAAUGCCAGGAAAAGCUCAGCAACAAAAACCCUAAUCUACAAGAUCUUAGUGAAAUUAAUCUCGCGGAGCUUCGAUGUGAAGAAAAGAAACUCAGCAGGCAAUUGGAAAUGAUUAAAAAAGCCCUGACUGAACUAGGAUGUGAGGAGGCUCCACCAGGCUGUGAUAUUCCAAUGGAUACUUCUUUGGACCACCCUCAUGAAAAUCAAGUAGACAGUGUGAUAGGCAGAAAACAAUCUUUACCAUCUCCACCGCCUCCGCCACCACCCACAAUGCAACCAACCUCAAGCCUUGUGGACAUUCUAAGGAAACCAUUUAGACGCAAAUCUGUACCAAGUUCGCCUCUAAGUGGCAGACAUAAUUUGGGUACAUCUAGAUCUCUAGUCGAUGAAGAAUGGUUUCACGGAGUACUUCCAAGAGAGGAGGUCGUAAGACUUUUAACACGAGAAGGAGACUUUCUAGUUAGAGAGACAACCAGGAAUGAUGAAAACCAAACAGUCCUUUCGGUUUGCUGGGGAGGGCACAAACACUUUAUUGUUCAGACAACUACAGAAGGACAAUUCAGGUUUGAAGGCCCUGCAUUUGGUACUAUCCAGGAACUGAUAUUAUAUCAGUAUCAGAGUGGAUUGCCCGUUACAAGCAGAUCCGGUGCAAUACUCAGACAGCCGAUCCCGCGAGAACGUUGGGAGUUGAAUAACGAUGACGUUAUCCUCCAGGACAAAAUCGGACGGGGAAAUUUUGGGGAUGUUUACAAGGGUAAGCUGAGAGCAACAGAAGAGGAAGUGGCGGUCAAAACUUGUCGUAUAACUGUUGCUGAAGAACACAAGAGAAAGUUUCUUCAAGAAGGAAGAAUACUCAAACAAUAUGACCACCCUAAUAUUGUCAAACUUAUAGGAAUCUGCGUUCAAAAACAACCGAUCAUGAUAGUCAUGGAAUUAGUAGUUGGUGGAUCACUUCUUACACAUCUCCGAAACAAUGCGUUAGUGGUCAAUGUCAAGCAGCUUGUUUCAAUGUGUCGGGAUGCCGCAGCGGGGAUGCGGUACUUAGAGAGUAAAAACUGUAUACACAGAGACUUAGCAGCAAGAAACUGUCUUGUCGGAGAAAAUAACACUGUUAAAAUAUCUGACUUUGGGAUGUCAAGGGAGGAAGAAGAAUAUAUAGUUUCAGAUGGUAUGAAACAGAUUCCAAUAAAGUGGACUGCUCCUGAAGCCUUAAAUUUUGGAAAGUACACAUCGUUGUGCGAUGUAUGGAGUUAUGGAGUCCUCUGUUGGGAAAUUUUCGCCAAAGGUGGAACCCCAUAUCCCGGGAUGAGCAAUUCUAAAGCUCGAGAGAAAAUUGAUUCAGGUUACCGAAUGCCCGCACCGGACGGCACGCCGGAUGAGAUGUACAGGCUGAUGCUACACUGCUGGGAAUACCAGCCAGAAAACCGUCCCCAUUUUGAUCAGAUACUCGCGAAUGUUGAAAAUCUUUAUUCAAACUUGAGGUAGUCCAAAAGGUGAAAAUAAACUAUUUCUACCCAGA